CUCAGAUUAUGCUCUUUCCAUCAUGAAGCAUCCAGAUCCAAUUGGAAGCGGAUUGGGGACGGAGGCUAUAGUAGAAGCAGCAGGGCCUGAUUGCGUUGUUCCUGGACAGAAUCCACCUAUCAAACUUCUCGGGUUAAAGGUAUGGCCCAUUGAAGUCGACUUGAAAUUUAUGAAACCUGUUGGGCGAGAACUAAAGUCCGUUGGGAAGUUCAUGGAUUCUGCAGUUGAUCUUAUGAACAAAUCUUUCAUUGAUCGCUAAUACUUUCCGUUGGAGUGGCUGAAGUUUCACCAUUUGUUAUACCAACUACUUUGAGGCUUGUCAAAAACUAGUGAAGCGGGUUAUAGAGAUCAUCGGUCACUACAGCUGUUCCUUAUUUAAGGAGGUCCUAUUUGUACUUUAUCAAACUUGAAAUUUAUUGUACAUGUGACAGCUACAUGGAGUUGUGGCUUUUUGAUAAAGUUAAUUACGCCUCAAGUUAUAUGGUAUGGAACUUUUUAUGGUGAUGUCAUUAUCCUUUGCUAUCUUGCAGACCAUCAAACUUUUACUCUAUUCAGUAACAUCUCCCAAAUGUCAGACUUUCAUCACGGAUAGUGAUAGAUGAAUACACAAUAACUUUUUCUUGCUUACCAGAAAAAAUAAGAAUAGACAAUGAAGAUUUACUAGUAGAAUCACUUAAAUUUGUCGUGUAUUGACUGUCAAGUAAGGAUGAUAAUAGCGAUAGAGCGAAUGUUAUCUUGCCAAAUCAAUCUAUGAAGCAUGUCACUUUAUUUGGCUAAAACAGCUAAAAAAUACUCUUAUAUUUUUCGCUUUCGGCUAAGCUCACACGAUUUUUCCCUUAAGGCCUCACUAAGAGUAUUUGACAUCUUAUAAAUAGCUUUUUUUCUUUUUUCUGUCUACUUUCUAUGUGGGACUUUGUUCAUAAUACACCAGAUAUCCUUUUAUACUAUGCGUCAAUUUUUCUGCAUUGCUUUACAUUGUGCUGGUAGGAGAUAGCAGUGGAAUAGUAGAGGAACUCACAUGUGUGACGGAAAAAAAAGACAAUAAAAAAGAAAGACAAGCAAUUGAAACAGUGAGGUAAUAUAACCCUUCCAGUUUUUGAAUGCUGGGGCCAUAUUUACAGGUCAUGACAGUAGUGGUAAAAUUCAACUUGUAUUAGUGUUUCAAUUCAAUGAAAAAAGCUGUGAAGCACAAUAAGAUUUAGUUGCCCCCACAGGAGAUGAAUAUAUUGGAUUUUGCUAUGCACCAAAAUCUCAUGCUUAUCUUGAUUUUUCUAUGUAAGCACACGCCUAAUUAAAGUUAUUAUAGUUUAUAUUAUAGUGUUGAAUGGGCAAAAACUUUAUGCCCACAGCGUAGUGUUAAAAAACUUGUGUAGCAGACAACCUUGGUGUACCGUACCAAAACUGGUGAUGUAAAAAUAGACAUACAACCCCGCUCUUUAUGUAUAUAAAAUUCAAAAAAUCCAUUGCUGACCCAAUGGUAGCCUUAAGACUUAAGAGGAUGAAUUUAUCUAAGAUGAUGCUGGUAUUCCAUUAUAAACUGAUUUAUUCCACUUAUUUUUGCCAGGUUGUGGCAACCAUAAAUAUUCAUUAACGGCUUCUAAAUUAAACAUGCAAGAAGAGGAACUGCGAAGAGGGCAAUGGCUCGAAGAGGAAGAUGAAAGACUGGCUAUGAUUGUAGCCAUUUUAGGUGAACGUCGUUGGGAUGCAUUAGCAAAAGCUUCAGGGCUGAGGAGAAGUGGAAAAAGCUGCAGAUUGCGAUGGCUGAACUACCUCCGGCCAAAUCUAAAGCACGGUCAUAUAACACGAGAUGAAGAACGUUUGAUAAUUCGACUUCAGAAACAGUUGGGAAACAAGUGGUCGAAUAUUGCUAAACAAUUGCCUGGAAGAACUGACAAUGAAAUCAAGAACUAUUGGAGAAGUCAUCUGAGAAAGAAAGCACCAAUUUACGAACAAGAAUGCUCUGGAAAUAAUACAAGUACUUCAGAACAAAAAUCAUCAAGUGUUCCUUCAUCCAACAGUGGUGACUCUUUUUCUGAAAAAGGUGAUUGUUCCUCCGCUGAUUCUUUGGCAUACUCUUCAAAUGAAGUGAAAUUAUUGGAUUGGAUUCCAAGUUGGUCAUAUGAACAAAGCAGAAUGGAGCAUCAUAUGUACUUUUGCAGCUCAUACCAUUGUUCUUGUUAUUCCCCAUGGACCUCUGAAGACAAUAGCACUACAUGGGACCAUAGUUAAAUCAAUAGUAAUGUUUAGUUUUUUUUUUUUCUUUCUGUAGAAAUGCAAAGAAUUUUGUUCUGGAUAUACGGCUUGAGUUGUACAUUCUUAUGGGGAAAAGGGACAAAAACAACAUGAUUAUAUAUCCAUUUUGGACAUACUAGAAAAACAACAUGAUUAUAUAUCCAU